UCCAUUUCGUCGAACAGUUGGCGCACGCUUUUAUCGUCUCUUACUGAUCCCAUGCUUUUGGUGUUGGCCUGGAUGUGGAUGGUCUUCCGCUCCCGUCGUCGCUGCGCGUUUGGCGAGGCAUCAGCAUCUCGUUCCCUUUCCCCACAAAAGAAAUAUCACCUCGGUCGGUACUUUUCCCGAACACGUGACCGGCAAUAGCGGUCCGCGAGAGGGCAGAGCUACCAGGGCGGAGGAGGGUCUCCUCGCUGCAGCUUGCAUCGCGUCUCUCCGUCCACCGCGCUGGGUUUGACCGUCCGUUGCAGCAUUUACAUUUGCAGCGCUCGAGGACGCGAACGCCCCGCGCCGAGUCAUGUAGCCCCCACACUGCCCUUGUUAAACUAGUCUUCCUUUUGCCCUGCCCUCCACUGCACACGUGUCCACCUCCCACUCACCUCCAUCUCUGUCGAUACAUAUAGCUAAGCUUUCUAUAUAUAUGGCACGCCGAGACGCCUCUCACGCCAUUUCGCCCAACGCGCAUAGCAAUCGAUCUCGUCGUGGAGUGCCGAUGGCCGUGCAAGCGCACAACCCCUCCAACGCUUUCGGCAGCCGAUGAGCCGUCGACGCUUCUUCUCCCCUCUCUACCGUAUGAGAAAGAUUGGUCUUUGCUGCUCCUCACACACUCCCUCCUGCUACAUAGCAGAGCAAGGCAGAGUACGCUCGAUGACCUGCAGAUGAUGCGAGGCUACCGCGAUCCCCUGCAAUUCCAGAGCAACCUUGACCAAGGGCACGCCGGCAAGCAGCACCUGAUGUUGACCAACGCCACGGUGUUCACCGAUCCGCAGAGUGAGCUCACGUGCAAUGCCUCCGGCUCCAGGAAGCGGGCGCGGGCGCGGGAGGAAUCCAUGCCGUCGCCUGUGCUCGCGCCUCAGUUCCGGGGCCCCAACUCAGCAACCGCUUCGCUGAACCCCGUCGGCGACAAGAACAUAUGCGGGGUUCUUCCCCAGUAUCGGCUGCUCGAGUCCUCUGCCACCUCCACCAGCGACCGGUUUGUUUCGGCUUCACAAGCCGUCACCCCUCUCUUUCGUGAUCUCAUCUCCCUUAUCUACCAGCAGACCGUGGAAAUGGACGCCCUCGUCCGCCUGCAGAACGAAAGACUGCGGACCGGACUGGAGGAGGCACGAAAGAGACACUGCCGAGUGUUCCUCUCGGCGAUGGAGCAGCAGGUCACGAAGCGAUUGAUGGACAAGGAGGCCGAGUUGGAACGCGCCGUCCGGAGGAACGCGGAGUUGGAGGAGAAGGUGCGGCAGAUGAGCGAAGAGAACCAGAUCUGGUUCAGCAUGGCCAAGAACAACGAGGCCGUCGUGAGCAGCCUGAAAGCCAGCUUGGGCCACGCCCUCCUCCAGAACGCCGCCGUGGCAGCCCGAGAAGGCUACGGCGACAGCAAGUCGACGCCUCUCGCGGCCGACGACGCGCACUCGUGCUGCUUCGAGGUGGAAGAAGACGACACCCGGUGGCGGAUGAUGUGCAGGGCGUGCCGGGGGACGGACGCCUGCUUCCUGCUUCUCCCCUGCAGGCACGUCAGCCUGUGCAAGGACUGCGAGCCGGAGGCGGACGCGUGUCCCGUCUGCGGCUCCGCUAAGAACGCCUGCGUCCAAGUCCGAUUUGGUUCGUCUUAGCCUGAGUCUCCGGUUCAUCCUCCGGUCGGACUAGUGAACCGGCGAUGGAGUCAUCAAUUAUGUCCAUAUCCUCUCUUGUGAUGUAAACGGAGGAAGAAGCCUUCUCUCAGAUGACGAGUCAAAGAAGGCGACCCGUCAGCGUAGUCGUUGAGCCUCAAACACAUGAAAAGCUUGAAUUCUUCUUCUUCUUCUUCUUC